GUAUUCCGUAUUCUCUUGGGCAGAAGGACGCAGACACGCGCACUUGGGAAGAGCGCGCGACGCUGUUGUAUUGUACUUCAAUCUACUAAUACACACAGAAUAUCUACGGAUAGAGGAGCCAGUUUUCCCCUUGAUUAGUCAAGAUGGUUAAGGAUCCAAGGAAGCCUCGAGGAAAAAUGUCCUCUUAUGCAUAUUUUGUGCAAACCUGUCGUGAGGAGCACAAGAAAAAGCACCCGGAAGCUUCUGUCAACUUCUCUGAAUUCUCCAAGAAGUGCUCAGAGCGAUGGAAGACAAUGUCACCCAAAGAGAAGAGCAAGUUUGAGGACAUGGCGAAGCAGGAUAAGGUCCGUUAUGAGAGAGAGAUGAAGAACUACAUCCCUCCCAAGGGGGAGAAGAAGAAGCGCUUUAAGGACCCCAAUGCCCCCAAGAGACCUCCGUCAGCAUUCUUCAUUUUCUGUGGUGACUAUCGCCCCAAGAUCAAGGGUGAGAAUCCGGGCCUGACUAUUGGAGACAUAGCCAAGAAGCUUGGGGAGAUGUGGAACAGCUCAUCAGCAGAGGUGAAGCAGCCUUAUGAGAAGAAAGCUGCCAAGUUGAAGGAGAAGUAUGACAAGGAUAUUGCUGCAUACCGCACAAAGGGCAUUGCAGGCCUGUCCAAGUCAGAUCCUGGUGACGACGAUGACGAGGAAGAGGACGAGGAGGAAGACGAUGAGGACGAUGAUGAUGACGAGGAUGAUGAGUAGUUAAUGAUGGAGCCUGGUUUUUCGUUCAUGCCAUAAACCCAAUUGUACACGAUUCACAUCUUCAAACGUAAUACAACAGAACCAGUUGUUAGGCGUGUAUAUGGGACGUUUUUAAGAUGUACAGUGUUAUUCUCCUUUUGUAAAGUUAACACUAUGUGUCUUCAGUCUGGUUUUUUUGUUUUGUUUUUGGUUAGUGGUAGCUCUUGCCUGAAGCAGUUUAAGGGGGAGGAGAACUGUUUCUCUGAAGGUGCAUAGCACAAUUAUACAAUUUCCGUAGAUCUGUAGUGCAUUAUCAUAUUAGUUUUUAAACUUAUUUUUUUUCUUUUUGUAUUUGCUGUCAUAAGGUCCUUUAACUGUACUUUGAAUACCACUCUAAUUACAAGAAUGCAGCUUUGUUUGACAUUCAAGAAUGUGUCCAAAAUAAACAUUUUCUUUUUUUAGAAAAA